GCGUUGGACUCAUUCCGAGAUGAUAUUUUGAUCAGUCAAACCUCACACUGGCUCUCACUUUGAUCCUUCAAAGCGCCCACCCAUCAUGCCAAGCCAAAAACUACCAAGUGCUGCUGCCGAAAAGGAAGACCAGAGUCAAUAUCACAACGGACCUGUAAGCAAGGAAGAGCUAGACGCAAAGUAAGUAUAGCCUCCCUGUAGGCUUCCCUGUAGGAGUAAUCAUCUUAAAUAACCCGUUUUCAAGAUAUCCCAAUCGGCCACAUAACCAUUCCCGAACCUUCUUCUUCGGAGACCUUAUCACCGAGCUCUUCAACCCACUCAAUGAAAACACCAACAAGAAAAAUGUUGGUCCCAGAAUCAAUCGCAGAAAGCUAGGACCUCAUCAUAACAGCACUUCUCCCGUGGAGAUCCGUAGACAGAUCAUCGAGAGAUUCAUCUCGCGAUGGCGGAAGGAGGUUGGUGAUGACUUCUACCCUGCUCUACGUCUUAUUAUCCCGGAUCGAGAUCGUGAUAGACCGACGUAUGGUCUGAAAGAGAAAGCGAUUGCGAAGCUCUUGAUCAAGUUACUGAAGAUUAAUAAAGAUUCUGAUGAUGGGUUUAACAUCCUUAAUUGGAAGUCGCCUGCGCGGGAUUCUGAUGCUGGUGGUUCGGGGAACUUUCCGGAGAGGUGUUAUAAAGUGCUUAAGAAACGAGCGAUUAUUAAUGAACCAGGUGAUUUGAGAAUUGCCGAGGUUAAUGAGAUGCUGGAUCAGUUGGCGGCGGCGCAGAAUGAGGAGAAUCAGUUGCCAAUUUUUGAGAGGUUUUAUCAUCGGAUGAAUGCGGAGGAGUUGACGUGGUUGAUUCGGAUUAUUAUUCGAGGGCCUGGUGGGAUGAAGAUUGGAGCUACGGAAAAGACGAUUCUUGAUGUGAGUUAUCUCAAGCAGGUGUGAACGAAGGCUAAUGUUCUUUUAGCUAUGGCAUCCGGAUGGUGAAUCUUUGUUUAAUGUUUCUUCCAGUCUUCGACGUGUUUGUUGGGAACUCAUAGAUCCCGACAAGCGUCUAGGAGGCGAAGAAACUGGCAUAGAACUCAUGGAAUGUUUUCAGCCUCAACUUGCCCAAUUUCAAAACAACGAAGACAACUCCUUCCAAAAGAUGAUUCAGAAGAUGCGCAUGCCGGUGGACAACCCCCAAUUCUGGAUCGAAGAAAAGCUGGAUGGUGAAAGAAUGCAACUCCACAUGAGAGAAGACGCCAGCCAUCCCGGAGGAAAACGUUUUGGGUUCUGGUCCCGGAAAGCGAAAAAUUAUACGUAUCUGUAUGGAAACGGUUUCGAAGACGAUGAUUCUGCUUUGACGAGACAUCUCAAAGACGCUUUCGAUGAAAGAGUCAAGAAUAUCAUCCUAGAUGGAGAGAUGAUCACAUGGGACCCGGAGACCGAUAAAAUGGUCCCUUUUGGCACACUGAAGACUGCAGCCUUAUCGGAAAAGAACAAUCCUUUUCAGAUGGCUGGUAUUCGCCCUUUAUUCCGCGUGUUCGACUGUGUCUUUCUCAAUGAUAAAGUCCUCACGGAGUACACGUUGAGAGAUAGACGGAGGACUUUGGAGGGUGCAGUCCGAAAUGUCCAUCGAAGGAUGGAAAUUCAUACGUACACCAUUGGAGAGAAAGCGGAAGACAUCACUCCUGCUCUGCACCAGAUCGUGACCGAUGCCUCGGAAGGAUUGGUUCUGAAGAAUCCUGGUUCUACGUACCAACUCAACGCACGCAAUUAUAACUGGAUGAAAGUCAAACCGGAGUAUAUGGACGAAUAUGGAGAGAUGCUCGAUUGUGUGGUGAUAGGUGGGUACUAUGGGUCCGGACGUAGAGGCGGAGCUCUUUCAUCAUUCCUGUGUGGUUUGCGAGUAGAUCAAAACCAUAUCGCUGCCGGUAAGUCGAACACUAACUACUCCUUCUUCCUCGAGGACUCUAACUGUGCUUAGGUGCAAACUCCAUGAAAUGCUACUCCUUCUUCAAAGUUGGUGGCGGCUUCGGAGCCUCAGACUACGCCACAAUCCGGCAUCAAACCGAAGGCAAAUGGAAAGACUGGGACGUCAAAAACCCACCUACAGAGUUCAUUGAACUUGCCGGGGGAGACCGCCAACGCGAGCGACCAGAUGUCUGGAUCAGACCCUGUGAUUCAAUUGUUAUCCAGGUCAAAGCUUCGUCCGUAGAUGGUUCCGAAUCGUUCAUGACACGUUAUACCCUCCGAUUCCCACGUUUCCAAAAGAUUCGGCAUGACAAAGAUUGGAAAUCCGCACUCUCACUUUCCGAAUUCGCCGUCUUGAAGUCGAAAGUUGAAGAGGAGACUAAGAAGAAGGGAGAUUUCAAAGCGGACUCAAAGAGGAAGAGUAAGAAGCGCGUGAAGAAAGAACUCAUCAUCGCAGGCGCCGACUCCAAAAUCAAAACUCCCUACGCAGGCCCACAAACCCAGGUCUUCGCUGGUCUUGACUUCUGCGUGCUAACAGACAUGACGAAGCCCGUGAAGAAAAGCAAAGCCGAGCUCGAGCAGAUGAUUAAAACCAACGGCGGGACAAUAACCCAGAACCCCUACGCCAAAGAAAACAUCCUCAUCAUCGCAGACAAGCGGACCGUCAAGCCGGCGUCCAUCAUCAAACGCGGGACUACGAAUCUCAUUAGUGGCUCGUGGAUUGUAGAUGUCCUCAAACAGGCGGAGAUUGAUGGACCUGGCAGGAAGAGAUAUCUCCUCCCCUUUGAGCCUAGACAUCUGUUCCAUGUUCUCGAGUCGGAGAGAUUAGAUGUGGAGGGGAAUGUAGAUGUUUUUGGGGAUUCGUACGCGAGGGAUAUCCUACCUACCGAAUUGGGAAUCCUAUGUGAGGAGAUGAUCCAUCCCAAAACUGGGGACUUUGACCCGGCGCUUUUUAGGAUGCAGCUUGAAGAGCGAGGACGGGGAAUAUCCGAUUUACCUGGCGAGUUUUUGGGGAGGUGUAAGGUCUUUUUUCUUCAUGGUGGUACGGACGCAGGCAAAGAUGUUGAUCGCUUGAUUAUGAAGUCCCGCGUUAGGUUUGCGGGGGCGAAAGUGGCGGAGGAUGAGAAUGAAGAGGGGAUUACGCAUUUCAUUGCGGAAGAAGGGGAUGAUGAGGGGGUUAGGGCUGUGAGGGAGAGACUGGGGGAGAGGAUGGUUGUUGAGGGGGCGAGGAUUGGGAGGGUGGUUAGUGGUUUGUGGGUGGAGGAUUGUUGGCGGGAGAGGACGAGGUUGGAUGAGGAGAGGUAUGCUGUUUGA